AUGGCUUGGCCAAAUCUCUUCAGGCGGCGAGAUGAAAACACUCGAACAGCCUGGGGAUAUACCUUCCAGAUGACACCCGGCCAUCUCACUCCCGAACAGGCUCAUCCUAUGAAGUAUACUUAUGAUGUGCUUGGAGAAGAAUGCUACGAAAUCCUGAAACAGAUGGGCAGCAGUCUUGCAGAUGAAUCAAAGCCGGAGAGGAGAGACGAUGCUCAAUUGGGGAGUGUGGCAUAUCAGUUGCAGCAGCCGGCUUCAACCGCCAUGAACGGCUCUACUGAAACCGAUCGCCCGCCGACGCUGCCAUCGACGCCAAAACGCGACCUUUACGUCCUUCUCCGGGAUCACCAUUCCUCCCACCCCAAGCUGCAAGAACUCUGGGACGAGGUCACCACCGUCCCCAGCUGGGUCGACUGGGCCCAAAUCUGCCGCGGGCAGGACGUCUUUUACCGCUACGGCGCGGCCACUCUCACGGGGCUCGCCUACCAGUCGCUUCUCGGGGGCAUGGGCGCCAACCGCGUUGUCGAAGUCCUGGCCCGCACGGGUGGCUUCUCCGUGAAAGUCGCUCGCCAUCGCCUAUUCGAGACGACGCAACAUAUCCUCGAAUGCACGCGGUCUCUCGAGAGCAUAAGGCCUGACGGCGCGGGCUUUGCGAGUUCCGUGCGAGUUCGCCUCUUGCACGCUGCCGUGCGGCAGCGGAUCAUGCAACUAUCAAAGAGCCGACCGAGUUACUACAGCGUCGAGAAGUAUGGGAUCCCCAUUAACGACCUCGACUGCGUCGCCACGAUCGGCACCUUCUCGGCCACAAUCAUCUACCUCUCACUCCCCCGCCAGGGGAUAUUUCUCCGCAGGCAAGAAAUCGAGGAUUACAUCGCGCUGUGGCGCCUGAUUGCGCACUACGUGGGCACCCCCACCAGCUACUUCGAGACGCCCGAGCGGGCCAAGUGCGUGAUGGAGAGUCUGCUGCUGAACGAGAUCAACCCGUCCAACACGAGCCAGGUCCUAGCGAACAACAUCAUCCGCUGCCUCGAGAACCAGCCGCCUACCUUCGCGAGCCGGAGCUUCCUCGAGGUGAACGCGCGCUGGCUCAACGGCAACGAACUCGCCGACGCAUUGGGCCUGGGGAAGCCCGGCGCGUGGUACUGGGCGCUGAUGGCGGGACAGUGCAUCUUCUUCGCCUGUCUGUGCUACACCUACCGCUCCGUCCCGGCACUAGACAGGCGGAAGAUCGAGACGCUCAGGAAGGUGUUUUGGGCGCUGAUUGUCGAGGGCAAGUAUGGGCUUGGAGGCGAGCAGACGGUCUUUGAAUUCAAAUAUAUUCCCGAGUUUGGCCUGGGGACUGCCAAGGGUGAGCACGACGAGGAGAAGAGGAAAGGCACGGAAGGAGGUAUUGAGAGGAGGAAUCUGCACACGCUCUUAGUUGCGACGGGGGUCUUGGUUGGCGUGGCGUGGCUGGGCGUUAAGGUGUCGACGGCAGUGUUGAGGAGGAUCUUUUGA